CGAAUUGAUCGCAGUUUGUCAUUAACACCGGCGUGGCGGCUCGAGCCUCGCUUCCGGCGUCGGCAAAUCCAGAAGGCCUCCGAAUCCGAUCGAGCCCGAAGCUUUCUUCUUCGGCAAUCCAAAUCGCGCUCGCUCCGCCCAAUGGCGGCCGCCGCCAUCUCCCACCUCCGCCGGGGCGCGCAGCGGCACGCGCUCCUCUACCUCUCGGGACGCCGCUACUCCCCCGCGGCGGGGUUGGCGCCCCUCGCCGCGGUCGCCGCCCGCCGCCUUCUCUCCACGUCGGUGGAAUCCGGCUCCGGCGCUUCCUCGACGGGGGAAGGCUACAAGCCGCCGCUCUUCGACCCCUUCCGCGCUGCCAGCCUCGCCUCGUCGGCCCCGUCAAUAGAGUCACCCCCCAUCGAGGAGCUACCCGACGAUGCGCCGCCCCCGGAGGAAGAGCCUGGGCCUCCUGCGGCGUCCGAGAAGGAUUCGGUGGCGUGCCAGCACGAGUUGGAGGGUCUGAAGGCCUGGGUGGAGACGGUGAGGAGCAGGGUGGAGUCGACACAGGAGAAGGAGGCGUGGAGUCUGCUCGGCCGCUCCGUCGUGAACUACUGCGGCACCGCAGUGGGGACGGUGGCGGCGAACGACCCAUCCACGGCGAGCCAGAUGCUCAAUUACGACCAGGUGUUCAUUAGGGACUUUAUCCCGUCGGCCAUCGCGUUCCUCCUCAAGGGUGAGGGGGACAUCGUGAAGAACUUCCUGCUCCACACUUUGCAACUCCAGAGUUGGGAGAAGACAGUUGAUUGCUACAGUCCUGGUCAGGGAUUGAUGCCUGCUAGUUUCAAAGUUAGAUCCAUACCUCUGGAUGGAAACAGUGAAGCAUUUGAGGAGGUUCUUGACCCUGACUUUGGAGAGUCAGCCAUUGGACGUGUUGCGCCAGUUGAUUCUGGUCUUUGGUGGAUAAUCCUGCUGCGGGCAUAUAGUAAAAUUACUGGCGACUAUGCACUACAAGAAAGGGUUGAUGUGCAGACAGGCAUCAGACUAAUCCUGAAUUUAUGCUUGUCUGAUGGAUUUGACAUGUUCCCAACAUUGUUAGUCACUGAUGGAUCAUGUAUGAUCGAUCGACGGAUGGGAAUACAUGGGCAUCCUCUUGAGAUCCAGUCUCUGUUCUAUUCUGCUUUGCGAUGUGCCCGUGAAAUGGUCAGUAUAAAUGAUGGAUCUAGCAGCUUGAUACGUGCCAUCAACAACAGGCUCAGUGCUUUGUCAUUUCACAUAAGGGAGUACUAUUGGGUUGAUAUGAAGAAGAUAAAUGAAAUUUAUCGCUACAGGACUGAAGAGUAUUCCCAUGAUGCUAUCAAUAAAUUCAAUAUCUACCCAGAACAAAUACCUACUUGGCUUGCAGAUUGGAUUCCUGAAAAGGGUGGUUACCUUAUAGGAAACCUACAACCAGCUCACAUGGAUUUCAGGUUCUUUUCUCUUGGAAAUCUAUGGGCAAUUAUAUCUUCUCUAGCUACUCAAAGGCAAGCUGAGGGUAUCCUGAACCUCAUUGAAGCUAAAUGGGAUGAUAUAGUUGCAAAUAUGCCUCUCAAGAUAUGUUACCCUGCUCUAGAGUAUGAGGAAUGGCGUAUCAUCACUGGCAGUGAUCCUAAAAACAUGCCCUGGUCAUAUCAUAAUGGUGGAUCUUGGCCUACACUGCUAUGGCAGUUCACCCUAGCCUGUAUCAAGAUGGGUAGGCGUGACUUAGCACAGCGAGCUGUUGAAGUUGCAGAAAAGAGGCUCUCAGAUGACAAGUGGCCAGAAUAUUACGACACAAGGACAGGAAGGUUUAUUGGGAAGCAGUCGAGGCUAUAUCAAACUUGGACUAUUGCAGGAUACCUUAGCUCUAAAAUGCUUUUAGCCUGUCCAGAAUUGGCAUCCAUACUGAUAUGCGAGGAAGAUCUCGAACUACUGGAAGGUUGUGCAUGCAGCGUGAACAAGAGUGCACGAACCAAAUGCUCGCGUCGUGCAGCAAGGUCGCAGGUUCUUGUGUAAUGCCACACUUGUGCUUGACUACCGAGAUGGGCACUGCUCAUCCUACUCUGUUGUAAAGGACUUUUACGGUGCUCUAGUUAGCUUAGUUACUUCACCAGGGUGGCCACCUGUGCCGGCUAUUUUGGCAAGCUUGUGGCUAAUCCAUUCAUAUAAGAGUAUCCGUUUGUAUGUACAUUUUACCAAAUCAAGAUUGCAUACUACACAAAGCCGAUUAACUCAAGUUGAUUGGCCCUUUGUAAACUGAUGUAAAUAUUGCCACUUUGUGAUCAACAUAUGGGCGAAUGUUUCUGACA